CUUCGAUUCGACCCAGGCACAGUCAGACGAUAACAGUUCAGCAGACAAAGCGCAGGCUAGCAAUUGGAUAACCCUCAACUCAAGCAAGGAAUCUCCCAAAAUGAAGUUCUUCGUGUGCAUCUUGGCUUUGGUGGCUGUGGCUCAGGCUGGUCUCCUGCCCCAUUUGGAUGGCCACCAUGGCUACCACCACGAGGAGCUCCCCCACCUGCUGGACGCUGAGAUCCAUCAUUCGGAUGGCAUCCAUCUGGGACACAGUGCCGCUCUCGUCCACGAUGACCACCACUUGAGUCAUCACCUGGACCACCAUCUGGACCACCACUUGGUGGAGUCGCUGCCCACCACUGUGUACCACCACGAGCCCCUCCACUACCACUACGCCCGCCUGCACUCCGCUCCGGUGGUGCAUCACCACCACCACGACACCCAUGCCGCGGUGGUCCACCACAGUAUCCCGGCCCACUUCGACAGCCACACCCACUCGAACCUCCUGUCCUUCGCCAAGCACGCCCUGCACGGAAAGUACGGCAAGGUCAAGAUCACCGAGACGCACUAUUGAGAGAUUCCGAGAACAUCCACUGUCCAUUAAACCCCCGACUAGCCAAACGCUUUUUCAUUACUGUUAAUUUAUUAAGCGUAUACUUAAGGAGCCGAAAAACUCGAAUAAACGGGUGACCAUUUGAAAAGAUAA